UGUGACUCAACUUCUGUUUUGUAAAUAGGUCCAUUUGCACCAUUUCUUUAGAUUCCACAUAUAAGUGAUAUCAUAUGAUAUUUGUCUUUCUCUGUCUGACUUACUUCAAUCAGUAUGACAAUCCCUAGAUCCAUCCAUGUUGCUGCAAAUGGCAUUAUUUCAUUCUUUUUCAUGGCUGAGUAGUGGUCCACAUACACAAUGGAAUACUUCCCAUGGUGCGGGGGCUGGGGGGGGUGGCGGCUAAAUCUCACUGCACCAAAUUGUGUCCCCCGACACUCCCUGAACUUCGGGUAGUAAGUGUUAAUUUCAGCUGCCAUCACCACUGUGGCCUUAAGAAAUAUGGAUCCCUUUUGCAUACCAGAACUCAGUGAAGACACUCUACUCUUCCCUGCAGUACAGCUGAAACCAGGAUAGCUGGUUCAAAUAAGACUCUACGGAAAACUUAAAAGAGAAAUGGACUCAGAAGAAGCAUGGCACAUGGCUGGCUGACACAGGCUAGAUCUGCCCAGGCUGCUGCUACCUAGAGGCACUCACCACUUGGGAUCAUACAACACCUUCUCAAAGUCCUGACUCCAGAGAGCAGGGGUGCUCCCUUCUGCCUAGCUGGCCUUCUGCUCAGUUUCAGGUCCCUACUCAUUCUUCCACAGGCCCUCCCCGGGCACCUAGCCUGCAGCAGAUGCUCUGCACACACUGGGGAUACAGUGGUGGUACAGAGCUGCUGCCCACACAGUGCACGGUCUAUGGGAGGCAGCCAACAGAUAACCAAGCCACUGACAGAUGGCAGUAAGUGCUGGAAAGGAAUAACUGAAGUCUCACUGAGGAGGCAACAUUUACUGAGAUCUGAAGUUUGGGGAGCCAAUGCCUUGCAAAACAAAGAGAACAUUCCAGGUAAAAAGAACACUAAGUGCAAAGGCCCUGAGACAGGAAGGAGAGACAGCAAGACAGCCACCGUGGCUGGAGUGGAAAGACCAAGGGAAAGGGAGCACUGACAGGAGGUGGAGAACAGGGCAGCCAACACACAGGGUCUUGUGGGUCUUGCUAACUGCGAGAGAAGCUUCUGAAGGGUUUGAAUCAGUAGCAGGACAUGGUAUGAUUUAUAUUUUAAUUUAGAGCUCCCUCUCUGGCUGCUCUGUGGAACAAGUCAAGAGACUGAAGCUGUCUUCCAAACACAGUAUGGUAGUGGUGCAGUAAAGUGAAAGAAAUGGACACCGUGCACACUUAUUUUGGAGGGAGAACCCACAGACUUGCUGAUGGAUGGGGAGGGUGUCUCCUGAUCUGUGACUCAUCCCCCAACAGCAAUUCUUCCUACUCCCAAGGGCCAGGUUCACAGGCCUCAACAGGACAACCGGACGAGAACACAGACGGUGACUCUCCUUGCUGAAAGCCUGCACUCAGGAGCGAGGGGGUGUCGGAGGACAGCUGUUCUUCCCUCCCAAGGACAGCGAAGAAUGGAGGCAUGGGUGGGAAGUGUGCAUACCAGGUACGGAAUGGUCAGGAAGGAUCCCCAGAGGAGUAAGCUGAGGGGGGCCUUCAAGGUGCAGAUUUGGCGGAGUCACCCUGCAAUGCCCGUCAACGGAACCUCCAACACACUAGUAUUGCCUUAUGCUUGUACAGAGCUUUGUACUUUGUACAUAAACGCUGGCAUGCCAUUGUCCCAGCCCCCUGAGUUGUUAUGAGGAGAUCUGCACAGGGCCUGCAAGGAGAGGAGAUGAUAUUGAGGCAGGGUCCCUUAUGAUGCAGAGCUAGGAGCACACAUGGUUUAGGGAAGGAGACGGGCUACAGGAACUGGACCCCAAAUGGAGGGAAGAGGAGAGAAUGACCACUGUUCCAGCAUCCAUCCUACACCAGCUGGUGUGCUGGGGCGUGGCAAGGACCUCUCAUUUCAUCCUCACCAUCGUUAAUACAACGAGCUGCCUAAGGCUUGGAGGAGUGGUGAUGCUGGGGAUGGGGGCGAUCAGCAGCCCUGCUUAGCCCUCGUCAGUCCUUACUGGGACUUCCUGUCACACUGCUCACUGAUUAUCGCACUUGUUUGGAGCAGUGGCGGUACCUCACCCUCCCUCUAGGCACACUCCAAGAACCUACAGAAUGCUCACGGGUGGCUGGGAGCGUCGGAGGAAAAGGCAACUCUCUUCCCUAAUCCCUGCCCCCCUCCCCCGCAUCGACAACAAAAUGUGAAAAACCCUAGAAUCCUUGGAGCUACGUCAAGGCUCCCAUUUUCGAUCGUGCCUGUCACUGGAUUUUCCCAGACACUUCCUAAAAUCAUUUGGCGUGGACCGUUCCUCUACUUUUGAUGGCUUCUUAAUCAGAAGUAUGCAGAGCACCGCCGGCAUACUCCUGCUGGCCGGCUGUCCCGAGGGUCGCGGGCGCCGAGUGUUCCCAGCGCACAGCCCCCGAGGCAGGCCCGGGGAGGAGGGGCGCGUCCCGACCAAGCGCGCUCCCCGACCCGGCUCGCAGGGCUGAGCGUGACCUCCCGCCUACACUCCUGCCCCAGACGGGCAAGGACGCGCAGUCUGAGCUGGGUCCUAGAAGGAAAAAGUGAGCGCCCGCCGGUUCUACUCACUGUCGUGCCUGCGGGGUGCCGGCCGCCUCCCUCCGAGGAUGCGCCCGUCCUAACAUACGCGCGCCAAGGCCGGCAGCAGGGCGCGGCCCUGCGGGCACCGAUAGCUGCCCAGGGCCCCGCGCGCCGCGCCUCCCGCCACCGCCCCAGGUCUGCGUGCGCGCGUGCGUGAGCGCGUGCCGACCGGGCCCGCGACCCACACCGGGGUCGGCGCCGCGGCACAGCGCCCGCGGGGCGGCCGGGAGCUGGCGGCGAGCGGAGGCGCCGCGUCCUGCCCGGUGGGCGCCUGGCCUUGCCCGAGGCCCGCGCGCCCCGCGCCCGCUGAGGGUCCCCGCCGCCGCAGCCACAGAGCCCGAGCGGUUGGCGGCGGCCGGGAGCCUCCUUAGCGGAGCCCCAUGAUGUCAGCUGGCCCGGAGCGGCGGCCGUGCGGCGGCGGGGAUGGGGCCGAGGACGCCGCGCGGCCGUCUGCACGCCCCUCGCCCGGUCCGGGCCCCGGCUCGCUGGCCCCGUCGCCCGGCAGCCCCGCCGCCGCCGCGGCCCAGCCGCCCGCGAACCUGUGGCUGGAGCUCGGGCCCGCCUGCUCGAGGGCGCAGCAAUGCCCGAGCGAGUCGAGCGGGCAGACGAGCGGGGACCUCGGCACCAGCAGCAGCAGCGGCGGCGGCAGUAGCGCCGGGCUGUCCCCGGGCUCCGACUCGGACAGCAGCGGCGUGGUGUGCGGCGGCCGCGGCGGCAGCGGGGGCAUGCGCGGCGCCCUGUCCCGCUCCUGGAGCCUGGAGAGCCUGCGCUCGGCCACCGCCGGUAAGGGCGCCGCCGUCACCCCGCGCGCCGCCGCUCCCUGCGUCUGUCCGUCUCGAGCGCCUUCUCUCCAUCCCUCUCGAGACGGUCUCUCCUCCUGUCCUUUCCUCCUGCACUUUUUCUGUUGCUUGUUUCCAUCUUUUGGUUCCUGGCUUCCUAUUGCUUUGCUCUUCCGAUUCCUUCUCUCUUUCCGGGUUUUCUUCCGAUUUCCCACCACCCCCGUCCCGUUUUCACCCACUUCUACCUGUUACAGCCGAGCCCUGGUCGGCCCCCUCCCCCCUCGUAGCCGGGCGCGUCCUCAACUGGGAAACUGAGUGUUUACGGUGAGAACAGAAUGUGGUCCCUUGAUGCACCGUUUCCCUUCCCCAGACUGUUCUUGACCGAUGGCACAGGUCUGGCUUUCCGAACUGCAGCUCCUUGAGUUCUGUAAAUCAGAGGAGAAAGGAGCGGGCUCACUAGCCAAGGGUGGACCGGAUUCAGUGUGUUUGGUCCUGACUCUAGGACUGAGGCUCCCUGCAAGAGGAGGGGCUCUAGAGGUCCCUUCAGAGGGACCCUCUGAAACAGUGCGGUUUCCGUGAGAUGGGAUUGCUCUGAUGUCCCCUGGCACUGUGUGCCCCCCCGCUUAGGGCUCCCCUUCUGCCCCAGGGACCGAAUUCUGGGUGCAAAUUGAUAGGAAGACUUUGACCCUAAAUAUUAAUUAGCAAGGAAGCCCAGAGUGGUGACCCUUGAUUAGUUGCUAAACUGCAGUCUUUAUAUUUUACUUCUUGAAAACCUUCAAGUUAUUUUUGAGCCCCUGUAAUGAGAGCUGUAAAGGAAGACAGGUGCUGCCUGGGAAUCAGGGAGGUAGUUCACCCAUUAUGCUUCUGGUUGGGGGUGGGGAUGCUGCCUGUGAAAGCCGUAGAGCCCCAGGUAGGCAGUGGAGAUGAGGGUCUGCAUGUGCCCGGGUCAGAGCAGCAAAGCCAGAGAGGAGCAGGGGGGCCAUGCAGGCAGCAGGGUUGUCUUGUCGCAUUCCGUCCGCUGUAGUUGUCCUGUCCGCGCCCGCACCUCUCCAGGAUGGAGCACAGGCUAGGCUGAGGAGGACCAGAGGUCGGCUCUGUGGGUGUAAGAGUACCAGGAAUGGCAGAUAAAGAGUUUGGACUCUGCUCUAAACUCCAUGGGUUUGGAAAAGGAAAGUGAAGGACGCCCAGACCCCUGCAUUGAGCACUCCAUGACCCUCAUCUGUCCUGUCUCAAAACAAACACAUGAAACUCAGAAGAGUUGAGUAACCCAGCUGUUGGUGUAUCCUCCAACUAAAAGUUUUUCAGAAUUCUGCCACUCUGAGUCCCUCCCAUCCCAGUUCCCUUGAAACUUGCCUUUCCCUCCUCUCUGGGGUGCUUAAAUAGCCCUAAUUCGAGAAAAACAAACUAGAUAAUAGCGAUGGGGGACUUCAAGCAAACUGGCCAAGGAGCCUUCCUUCUCUUUGCCUAAAUGAGUUGCCUUCCACUUCUAGAGUCGGAGGGCGUACCUGCUCCACGUCAGCACUGGCAAACCGGUUCAAAGAGGCUGUGGGAGGUGGCCCUGGUGCCUCCCUGGACUCCCUUGCCAUUUCUUCCUUCUGCCCCGGGGCAGGGGUAAGCCAGAUGGAUACGGCAGAGGCCUGGGUUUAUUAGGCACCCCUGCGAUCCAGGGACUCUCCAGAGCAGACUGGGGGGACUGAGGCAGCGUGGAUGAGUUUGAGAGAUAGCAGCUGUAUGUGCAUGAACGUGUGGGGCAGGUGUGUAUGUGGGUGGGGUGGGGGUGAGGGCAGGCAAGGUGAAAGCUAAGGCCCAGAAGGCUUCUCCUUGAGGGGCUCAGAGCUGCCCUUGCAGUGGCAGGGCAGGGUUUAAAGCAAUAUGAUGUUGGAAGAGUUGACCUGAGAACCCUCAGACCUCGACUUUCUGCCUUUUUUGGGAGGCUCUCCGUGGGUAGUGUGGUAUGAGGGUAUGAAGGUAUGAAAGGGUACAUGAACCCUGUACCCUUGAGGUAUGAAGGGGUACAUGAACCCUGUACAGCUGUGUGAGUGCAUGGAGCCAUCUCUCAACUGAAUUCCUGGAGAGAAUUAAGUCCUGAUGUCCUGAGGCCUCCAUUAUAUAUAAUGAGUGAAUCCUCUUCUCUUCUGGAAUGGUACUAGCUAUUUGCCAUCCUUGGGAGGAACUGAGAAAAUAAGCAUUCAAAUAAUUUUCUUUGGAUUUGUGGUUCAGUUGAGGAAGUCUUGUUGGAAAGGCUGCCAUAGAGGAGGACUUGAUAGGAAAAAGAAAGGGAAGGUGCAUUUGUCGAGCAUCUUCUAUAUAUGCCAGGUGUGAGGCUCCAUGUUACUUCAUUAACCACAGAAAAAUCUACUGCUAUACUACAAUCCAGGUAUGAAAAGAGGCUCAGAGAGAUGCAGUAACUUACCCAAGGUUGCCCAGCUGGGUCAUGUCUGACUAGAGCUUCAGGCCUGAAUUGGUGUGACUUUAGGGGGGGCUCUUUGCUGGGUUUGGAGUGGAAGCUGGGCCAGGCCCAGCAGGGAAAGGCAGCAUACUGGGGGGAUUCACACAUUGAAGUAAUGUCUUAGCUACUUGCAUGGUCACUGUUGUCUUUAUUCAACAGACAGGGCUUUUAUUCUGGGUCCCAGGUACCCCAUUUUCAAAAUGAGGACAUGGAAAUCUAAGGUCUGACCUCUUUUCUAAUCAACUCUAGAAUUCCACGAUCCUAGUCAGGGCUGUUGAAUUAAGGUGGGUUCCCACUAGUGAGCUGGCAUUUAUUUCAUAUUGUAUUUCCAUUUGACUGGUCUGUGGCUCUAAGACAAAACAUAUGUGUGUUGAAUUGAGCUGUGUUUGCCUCUGAAGGAAGAUUAAGAAUUACCAGUAAAAGAUCCUUAGCAAAACUUAAUUAUUGUGGUUGUGAUGUUUGUGAUGAAGUGUAUUGCUAAACAUUUUAAAAGCUGUCAGCAAGAGCCAGAAAGGUUAGUACUUGAGGCUGGAAUUACAGCUAACCUGCCGGGCAGAACAUUAGCCAGGAAAUCCAGCACAGAACUGUCAGUAGACCUUCCUUGUUUCCAAAGACUGUUUGUUUGUUUGUUUUGUUUAUUUUUGGUUGCGUUGGGUCUUCGCUGCUGCA